UUGAACACCCAUCCGAUUUCCGGAAAAUUCUGAUCGACGAAGUUUCGUUCUGUUCAUUCUGCGGAGAGAUGGUAAGAUUUCCGGCGGUUGCUCCGAUCGUCUUCUCCGUCGUGGUCUUGCUGGGGCUCCAGUUCACCGUCUCCUCUUCAUCUCUAGCUGAAAUUAAUCAGGACUCGACGAAGUCUGCAGCUGCAAGGAAUCUUAAGCAAGGACAAGAGCAUCCUCAUGAAGUACAUUGUUCUAGAGAAAGAAGUCGGGCGGCGCGGCAAAUCAUUGAGGAGUAUUUGAUGCCCUUUGUGAAACGAGAAAAGUUUCAGAUGUCAAGUCUGUGUAAGCUUCACCCUGAUAAUGACAUGUUCCGAGAUCAAGAGGAGCAUAAAAUUCAUGUCGACAUAAAUGAAUGGCGCUGUGGAUACUGUAAGAAAAGCUUUCGUGCUGAGAAGUUUCUUGAUCAGCAUUUUGACAACCGGCACUACAACCUUCUGAAUGUCAGUCAUAACAAAUGCUUGGCUGAUCUAUGCGGCGCAUUGCAUUGUGAUUUUGUAAUCAAUUUAAAGUCACAAAAGACUAAGUGCAAUCCUGCUGCUGCAGCCAGGAACCGCCACCUAUGUGAGAGUCUUGCUGAUGGCUGUUUUCCUGUAAAUCAAGGUCUUUCAGCAAGCCAACUUCAUGAACUGUUUCUGCACCAAUUUUGUGAUGCUCACACUUGCUCUGAAAAGAAAAGGCCUUUUCCAAGAGGAGGACUGAAGCAACCGAAUAUAUUGUACCUGGCGACUUCAAUAUUGACGCUGAUGCUCCUUCCUGUUCUCUAUCUCAUUGUAUAUUUACAUCGGAGGGACAUGAGAGGAAAACAAGAACUCAAGCGCAUAACAAAGAGAACAAAGCCUUCGUAAGUGGUGUGCGCUGAAGGUUUUUCAUUUGAUUCGACGGUCAAUUGUGCACACAAUAGCCGCAUCACUAUGAAAGCAAGACGACAUGGCCCAGCCAUUGGGGAAAUAUGGCAUCAUGCAAUUAGAAACUUGGUAGUUGCUUCUGAACCUACUUGUUGAGAUCUUAAUCUUCUUGGGCCGAAACAAGUAGACUCUCUCCUGUUAACUGGAGUCUGGUUAUAUUAAGGCAGUUUUUCUUUUUAAAUAAUAAUUCAACAUAUUGGGAAAUACUCUCAGUGCGGCUUUAUCAUAUCUGUCGCAAUACCUUGUACAUAUACAUUGUUUUGCUCAAUACAAUCUGUAGUAGACUAGUUGAAAGUAGUUGUGCAAUUUUCACCCACCAUGUAAAGUAUUUCCGUCCUCUAAUA